AUGACUUCAUCAGCCAUCGUAGAAAAAGCAUGGUGGAAAGAAGCUGUCGUCUAUCAAAUCUACCCAGCCAGCUUCCUCGAUAGUAACGACGAUGGACUCGGGGACAUACCAGGUGUCAUCAGUAAAGUUGCAUAUAUCAAAUCCCUCGGAGUCGAUGCGAUAUGGCUUUCUCCCGUCUAUACGUCACCACAGAAGGAUAUGGGAUAUGACAUAUCAGACUAUCGGUCGAUACAUGCGCCAUAUGGAACUGUCGAAGAUAUGCAGACCCUCAUUAAUGUCCUGCACGAUAACCAGAUGAGAUUGUUGAUGGACCUCGUUGUCAACCACACGAGUGAUCAGCAUGACUGGUUCAAGCAGUCACGCAGUUCCAGAGAGAGUGAGAAACGUGGCUGGUAUUUCUGGCGAGAUGCGAAGAUCGAUACAAAUGGCAAUCGCAAAGAGCCAAACAACUGGCGAUCAAUUUUUGGAGGUAGCGCGUGGCAUUGGGACGAAACAACCCAGCAAUACUACCUUGCCCUAUUUCUCCCUUCACAGCCAGAUCUCAACUGGUCAAAUCCGGAGAUGCGCAGAGCUACAUAUGAUGACAUGCGUUUUUGGUUGGACAGGGGCGUUGAUGGCUUCAGAAUUGACUCAAUGAACCUCAUGUCAAAGCAUCCUGAUCUCCCAGAUGGAAAGGUGGUGAAUAAUGAGCCUUUUCAAGAUGGAUCUGAGUUUUUUGCUUCUGGCCCAAAGAUGCACAACUAUAUCCGUGAGAUGCGCACGGAGGUGUUCGAUAACUAUGAUUGUAUGACCGUUGGCGAGCUUGGCUUCACGAAGGAUGAGCAAUCCGUCAGCCAAUACGUGGCGAAAGAUCGCCAUGAACUCAAUAUGGUUUUCACCGGCGAUAUUGUUGAUGUCGACUUUGGCCCCAAUGGGAAAUACGAGCGCACGAUCAACAACAUUCCGCGAAAGAUCCGUGAGAUCACUGAUCUUUGGCAACAGUCCAUGCCCAAGUUCAAUGGGUGGAAUAGCGUGUACUAUUCAAACCACGAUAGUGGUCGACCUCUGACUCGAUAUGCCUCUGAUUCCCCAGAGCAUCGAGCAGCAGCUGCGAAGAUGCUUGCAAUGUACCUCCUAUCCCUCGGAGGAACACCUUUCCUUUUGCAAGGCGAUGAAAUCGGCAUGGCCAAUCUUGGCAAAGACUACGGCCCAGAUGCAUAUAUAGAUGUAGAAGCUAAGAACUACUACAUUUCAGUCCUGAAAAGUCGUGGCGGUAACGAAUCAACUAUGGACGAUGUUUUGAGAGAGAUGCAACUCAAGUCGCGAGAUCACGGCCGCUUACCUAUGCAAUGGGACAGCUCUGUCAAUGCCGGCUUCGCGUCACCAAAAGCACGUCCUUGGAUGACUAUCAACAAGGAUUACACCGAAUGGAACGUGGCGAGCCAGAUCAAUGAUCCAAACAGUGUAUUCUCGUUCUGGAGAACAAUGCUGACUCUUCGUAAACAGUACACCGAUCUGUUUGUAUAUGGCUCAUACAAGUCAAUUCCAGAGUCUGUGAUGGGAGAGGGAGUCAUCGGAUUUGAGCGUGCAGAACAGGUAGUAGGCGGAAAGAGAGCAGUCGUUUUUGUGAGUUUCUCGGAGCAGAAAUAUACAAUAUCGACAGAUAAGUACGUGGGCUGGGACGUAUUAGUUACGAAUCACAGAGCUUCUGUCGACAACUCGUGUAUCGAACUUGGACCGUUCGGCGCUCUGUUAUUGAUAGACAGCAAAUAG